UUUUCCUAUUCGAACGCAGCAUCGAUUACGAAGGCGAAUAUCGAAGAGCAACAGAGUAACAUUCGGACGUAACAUUCGGGCUUAUCGGUCGAAAAGAAUUGUACCUUCGGACCUAGCGACCGAGUUACUCCACUAGUACCCAGGAAACCCGUCGCUCGACGAUCAAUGGCAGUCGUACGGUUGUCGUAUAGCACACCAUUGCGUCGCAAAAAAUAAUAAUCAUAUCCGCGGCUUAUAUAAUCCCCUGCCGCGACCGACGGGUCGAAUUCGAUCGGCCAUAUUGGUGUCUCUUUCGGGCGACGCUCGUUGUAUCGAGUGGAGAGAAGGGUCCCCGAGGUUCUCCCGACGAUAAUCGACUCUCGACGAUGCACUGGGUGGUUGGGUGGGUGGGUGCUGUUACAGGGUCGCCGCGGAUGUUGGGUCGCCUCGAAGAGGAAGAGGGAGUGGUAGCGCGAAAGAGGUGGCAGAAGGAGCCUUCUAGUCCCCUCCAGUCGUCCGAGCGUGUUAUAUACUGGCGUAGGAGUGAGGCUCGCGGGGCCGGAGAGGGGAGGGUUAGUUGGCUGACAAAGGGAGAGGAGAGGUGGCGGGGACAGGGACAAACGAGCCGCGACCGAGAAAACGACGCAAGAGCGCGCAGCUGCGCUUUUCUCGCGCGAUAUCGUUCUCCGUUCGUGGGAGUUAAAGAGAUGGGGACAUCUUUCGCGGCCAGACUCACCGUCCCUUUAGUCCGCGUAUUUAAGAUCGACGCUGCGAGGAAAAUUGUAGCGGAAGGGGAAUCGGCGGUGCGAAAGAGGUGGCAAAAGGAGCCUCCUAUUUCCCCUCCACUCGUCCGAGCGACUGGCAUCGAAGAGCGGCGGCGGUGCUCGAGUAGUCCGGGAGGGGGAGGGUUAUUAGUUGGCCGACAGAGGGAGAGAGGUGAGGUGGCACGGACAGGGACAAACGGGCCGCGACCGAGAAAACGACGCAGGAUCGCGCAGGUGCGCUUUUCUCGCGCGAUGUCGUUCCGGUUCUCUCUGCGAUCGAGAGAGCAAGCGAGAGAGCAGAUCUCCGACAGCGCGAGAUACUUUAAGGCGCGUUUACGCAGAGUCCAGACGCACUCGAGAUCCUUUCCAUCCGCGUAUUAUUUCCUUGCUCUCUUUUCUCGCUCCUUUCGAGCUUCGUUUCGUCGUGUCGCGACAGCGUGCCGCGGCUCGCGGUUUUUCGCGUUCGUUGCGUGUGCCACCGCUUUAGUAGCCCGCUUCCCGUCGAUAGUCACGGUGUGUGUUGCGUACGUGCGCUUGUUUUGCUCGGCUCGCGAUGACGAAAGUGACUCACGGACGAACCAGUGGCAGUGUGUGAGAAAACUCUUGUUCAUUGGCAACGGCGCGGAGGUGUUCUAAGAUUAAGUCGGCCCAGGUUCCGUCCACCUGGCAAAGGAGGCUGCUGUUUGCUCUUUAUCUCUCCGCCGUUCCCCUCCUCCCCUUUUUAUCUUGUUCCUUCGAGUCUCUGCUUCCUCUUUCAUUCUUGCCAAUUUGUUUCCCUGCGUCAGACUUGGACAGGUUUAUUCGAAUAACGGAUGACGCGAAUUCGACGCGGAGCUGUUAUAGAUUCUUCGAUCGAAUCGAAUAUUUCAAGUUUCCUGAACGUUUUCGACUUUUCUUUUUUCUUUUUUUCUUUUUUCGAGAAAAUGCGCGCAUUUCUUUUUUAGACAUUUCGAGCGAUCGGUUUGCGAUUCGGGGAGUAGAGUCGAACACGUUCGGCGGAUGAGAAGUUCAUUCUUGAUUCGUUCAAAGAAUCUGUAAUUAAGUAAUGUCAUUUAUCUUCGUUACUCGGAAUUGGUGUAUCCGAAUGACAAUUUUGCCCAUGUGAGAGGGUUCUUCUUUGGAAUAUACAAUUCCGACCUGAUUUUCAUCAAUUUUUUUAACAUCGUAACGAUAGCCUCGCGUGGUCGAGUUUUCCUUGUCCUUUUUCCUAUUCGAACGCAGCAUCGAUUACGCAGGUGAAUAUCGACGAGCAACAGAGUCCAAGUGACGCCACACCAAACACGUAUGAUACAUCCACGUUAAAACACGUUUUGGGGUUUAGAUUUGCUUGAAAUUUACGAUUCGAAACUAUCGAAGAAAUAAGAUAAUCCGAAGUAAAGGAACACUUAUGUCUGACGAGUUCACAUCGUCCUACUUUGAUAGUUUCGAAGAUUACCCGUUGUAUGUUCCGUAAACGGUUGUUCGAAAUCGAUAACCAUAAAUAAUAAAUGACUGUUUGCGACUACACAUCCAAUGGCUGAAAUCGUUAAACGCGAGUAACAAAUACAACAAACGGCCUCUAUGAAAUCUCGCGAAUUUUUGGAAUCGGUCGAAACGACCAUCCGUAAGCCAAUCGUUGAAUUAGCUUUGAUCGAACCGAAGAAUGCGCAGGGAUAUCGUUGGCAUGGGUAUAAAAAGUAAAAAGCACACGUGUGCGAAUACCAGGUGGCGUGUGGCUUUACUCUCUCCCGGGAUCGAUCGAAAUUCAGGGACGUCGGUGCGCCGCGCAUUCAAUAAUUACCGCUAAUUAUAUUUCGCGCGAAGGUCGGCCACGGAAACUGUUGAAAGCGGCAUUGUUUAACGCGAUUCGAGCCUCGUACGUAUCCAUCUUUCGCGUAAUCGAUCGUUCCCGAUGUGACCUAUAUCGCACCCGGGAGGAUCGAGCUCUCUUCUAUUAGGGGUGGCCCAGAAAAUAUCGCGCGUUUUAGUCGCUUCGCUUCCUGGAUUAUUUUUAGUAUCCUUCUGGGGGACGCGCACGUUAAUGCAUUGUUGGCAGAGUUGGGGUGUUGUUUAAAUAAAUCCUUGGAAAAAAAAAAAAAUACACCGUUGAUCUUUUCUGUUUGAAAUUAUUCGUCACUCGGUCGACAUUCUCCGAACAAAGCGUUUAAUUAUUAUCUGGAAUCGAAAUUCUACUUUCGCGUGGUAUUUAUUGGGUUGUCUGGAAAGUCCAUGCCGAUUUUUAGUAGGCGGUACAGGUCUAGAAUAUAUCGGAAUGGUUGAAAACGAAUAACACGUGGACAUCCCUUAAAAGGUGGACAAAUUGUGGAACAAAAUAAUUACAUAUAUAAUUCAAUAAAUAUAUAUAUCGAAAUUCGAACGUGUCUGUAUGUUUCUGAAAAAUUGCCACGAACUUUCUGGACGACCCAAUAUUAUCCGAGUAAACGUUUCCUCGACCUCGACCCGUUUAAAAAUAAUCAGGAACUAAACGGUAUUUUCUGUGACACUCUGCUACGACAGAAAACGAUCGAAGUUGCUUUCAAACUCCUCGCGGUGGAAACGAUCGAACAGUAUCGCCUUUCCAAGCACAAAAUUCCAAGAAACAGUAAC